ACACAAGAAAAGAAGCCUUCAAAAUAAAUAACAAAGGUGGCAGAGAAGGAUACAGGGCUGAAGCAAUGAACGACAACUGCCCUUCUCUUCUCUAAGAAGGGUUUUGUGAACGAUCAUAUUGCCAAGGAAAGCAAAGAAUCUUACAGGAGCCAAUCUUCUAUUCUCUUUCUGCAAGUUUUGAUCUUUCAUGGAGUACAAAUCAGAUGAAACUUUGCAUGAAUUACUUUCAAGCACAUGCUGGUGUUUUGUUUUUGGCAAAUUGAAGUCGUUCGUGCUUUGAAUGCACCAAAUGAGAAUGAAAACAUUCUGGGGACUGAAGUUUCUCAAUCCAACCAGAGUGAGAUGGAUGGCAAAGACGUUCUAAAUCCGGUUUUAAGCCCUCCAGUAAAUCCUGCACAAGUUAACAGGGCUGAGUGGAAAGUUGGAGAACUUGUUCUGAGAGAUGCACCUCCCGAAGAGAUGGAGGCUUCUUGGGAAGUUAACAUGGAGGCCUGCAUUACAACUGAUGAUGUUAUACGGGCUGGAGGCUUUGGAGCAAGGGAUGAUAUAAGUAGCUUUCUUCCUGUCGCUAGUGAUUCUACUGACUUUGAAGCUACUAUCCGUGAUGCCCGAGACUAUGAAGAACCACAAGGGGAUAUAUGCAGACCGGGUCUUGGCUGGACUGAAGCUACAGAAGCAAAAUAGUUUUGUUGUCACCACCAUGCUCAAGUUAUUGCACUUGACUUUUCUCAUAGUACCUACUUGCUUGUAAGAUAUUGAGGUAUGUUAGCCACAUGUUAGUGCAUGAUCUGAGUUUAUUUUUAGAAGCCACUUUAUCUUCCCUUUAGCACACACUGUUAUUUUCGUGGAAGAGAUGUCAUCUGUAUGUGGAACCAAUAUGACGUUACUAUACAUAUCUCUCUGUUUAAUAUGCUUAAAGUCUUCCUCUGUGAGGCUGAUGGCUUACAUCUA